AUGCCUCAUGUGCAAGCAGCUUCCUUCAAACCAGACCUACCAGCAGGCGCAUUGACACAUGGGGAAAUCGGCCAACCUGGUCUGAAGCAAUUUACAGACCCUUCUGACAAGGAAUCAGAUAUCCAGAAUAAAAGCAAUGACAGUCCUAUUGAUCCACUGGACGCUCACGCCAAUCUGCUCUGUAAGAAAGGGACAUGUAUGGGCAGGUGUUGGGACUCAGUGGGAGAGGAAGUGCUGUCUUGUCAUAACUUUACUCAGUCUGAGCCUGAGAGACACUCACCAAUUUUCUUCAAAUACGAUCACAUACAGGGUAUUCUGACCUAUGUGACGUCUGGUGUUUCCCUGGUUAGCCUACUGAUCACACUGGUCGUGUAUUCACUGCUGCCUCAAUUGAGGAAUUUACCUGGUCGUCUAACCAUGUCUUUGUCUGCCUCCCUUCUGGUUGCCCAAACCCUUCUUCUUCUCAUUCAACUGCCAACUGGAGUCCUGUGUCAGGCACUUGCCAUCGCUAUGCACUUUUCUUGGCUCUGUUCUUUCAUGUGGAUGACAGUCAUGUCAGUAACACUGGCUCGUACAUUCACAAACAAAGGCGUCAACGCCUUGAACCAGAAUACGGCAAGGGUGCAUGGCUUCCUUAGCCUCUGUGCCAAUGGAAUCCCUCUGUGUAUUGUCACCACAUCGGCUCUUGUAGAUUUCAUGGAGGUUCCCAAUAUUUACAUUGGAUAUGGAGCACAUGGCAUAUGCUGGAUCGCUAAUCCUCGCGCGUCUCUCCUGGUGUUUGGUGUACCUCUGGCAUUGAUGCUUCUUGUUAACAUUAUUGCCUUUAUCAUGACGCUCUGUAAUAUAGAGAAAAGUCUGAAAUUGUCCGAAAAUAUCACAUCCUCAAAGAAGGACAAAGCCAAGGUGAUCAUCUAUGGCAAGUUAUUUGUCAUCAUGGGUGUGUCUUGGUGUUUCAGUUUUGGUGCAGCCUUUGCGGACGUCAGUAUUCUCUGGUACAUCUUCAUCAUCCUGAACGGCCUUCAGGGCUUCCACAUCUUUGUAAGCUUCGUCUGUACAGAUAGGGUUACGAGAUUACUCCGGGAGAAAUUGACAGGUUCUACGGCCGAUUUUAGGACAACUUCAGCUGUGACAUCAAGCACUGAAAUCAAAUCACAAAACGGUGAUAAAAACAGUAUCUGAUUAUAAGCAUAAGCACA